UGUCACCUGUUCACUGACAGCCUGGUUAGCUGUCAUUAUCACGCCUCAUCUGACGUUAGCUGAUGUCUUAAUGCGAUGAACCGGGAAUGUAUUGAUCAUGGCUAACCUUCGGAUUCCGUUCGCCGUCGUGGUGGUCCAGGUCGUCCUGUACAGAACCUGCGAGGCUCUGCGGUGUAACUGCACCACUGCCCAGUGUGAGAAGACCAGCCUCCAGUGUGAGACCGAUGGAGCCUGCAUGGCCUCCACCUCCUUCAUCGAUGGCCAAGAGCAGCACAUCCGUGUCUGCAUCACACGGGACAAACUCGAGCCCCCCGGACAACCAUUCUACUGCCUCAGUGCGGAGGGCUUUCUCAACAUCCACUGCUGCUACACGGACUACUGCAACAGCAUUGACCUCAAAGUACCAUCAGGUCUCAGGGAAGGAUACGGCCCAGCUGGGACAUGGGGGCUGGUGGAGCUAGUGGCUGUGAUUGCAGGGCCGCUGUUCCUGUUGUGUCUGCUGCUGCUGAUGGGUACAUUCCUGUAUCAGUACCACCAGAGGGCCUACAGCCACAGGCAAAGGUUAGAGGUGGAGGACCCCUCCGGGGACCACGUCUACAUGACCAAAGACAGGACGCUGCAGGACCUCAUAUACGAUCUCUCCACGUCUGGCUCAGGCUCCGGGCUGCCUUUGUUUGUCCAGCGGACCGUCGCCAGAACAAUUGUCCUUCAGGAGAUCAUUGGCAAAGGGCGUUUCGGGGAGGUGUGGCGAGGACGUUGGAGGGGCGGUGAUGUGGCCGUGAAGAUCUUCUCAUCCAGAGAGGAGCGCUCCUGGUUCCGUGAGGCUGAAAUCUAUCAGACCAUCAUGCUCCGCCAUGAAAACAUCCUGGGCUUCAUAGCUGCUGACAACAAAGACAAUGGCACGUGGACCCAGCUGUGGUUGGUGUCGGACUACCAUGAGCACGGCUCUCUGUUUGACUACCUGAAUCGCUACUCCGUCACCAUUGAAGGAAUGAUCAAACUGGCUCUGUCGGCUGCCAGCGGUCUGGCACAUCUGCACAUGGAGAUUCUAGGAACACAAGGAAAGCCGGGCAUUGCCCACAGAGACCUGAAGUCCAAGAACAUCCUCGUGAAGAAGAACUGCACCUGCGCCAUCGCUGACCUGGGCUUGGCCGUCCGUCACGACUCCGCCACAGACACCAUCGACAUUGCGCCCAAUCAGAGGGUGGGCACCAAGAGGUACAUGGCUCCGGAGGUUCUGGACGAGACUAUCAAUAUGAGACACUUUGACUCAUUCAAAUGUGCUGACAUCUAUGCUUUGGGGCUGGUCUACUGGGAGAUUACUCGCCGCUGUAAUAGUGGAGGUGUCCAUGAAGAGUACCAGCUGCCCUACUAUGACCUGGUACCUUCUGAUCCUUCCAUAGAGGAGAUGAGGAAGCUGGUGUGUGACCAAAAGUUACGACCCAACAUCCCUAAUUGGUGGCAGAGCUAUGAGGCCUUGCGGGUUAUGGGCAAAAUCAUGAGGGAGUGUUGGUACGCUAAUGGCGCCGCCCGCUUGACGGCCCUGCGCAUUAAGAAGACCCUCUCCCAGCUCAGCGUCGAAGAGGACAUUAAAGUCUGAGCCGAGUCAGCACCGAGCGGGACCAGACUCCAGAGCGUAUGACGGUGAGAAGAAGGGGCCGGGCCCUCUGCAAAGAACGCACAAAGUAAGAGAACGUGAUGGAGAUUCGCACUUUGUAAAAUAUUACUCCAUUGACACUCCUGCCAGUUUUGAAGCCACUUGAUUUCUGACGAACCCUACCUCGCUUACCCAGCCAAACUACCAAGAACACCUUUCCUGUCUUGUCCUCAGCUACUGCUGCCCUUCUGGUUCCUCUCGACACUCCGCACUAACAAAGGAUCUUUGGAUUCCCUGUGUACUUGUAUGCAAUCGAUAGCAGGAUAUGUAAUUAACCAUUUAACAUUUUGAAAAGCAGCUGCUGAUAUUUCCUCAAGGUCUCUUUGAUCACAGUUGCUUGAUAGUUAACAAAUAGCAUUUGCUGUUUUUGUCUUUUGAAAGGGGGGGCAAGCUGGGAGGAGUAUUUUUAACUUAUAUCUUCUUAUUUAAUAACUAGAUCUUGUUAUUAAUAUAUGGGUGUUUGUGAGAAUAUUGUGCAGGUUUCUCUUUGCCACCUACAGCAUUCAGGCACAUUACAAACUGCUCAGAAGUCCAAUAGUCCAUCUGGUUCUGCUACAGCUGUGUUGUCUAGUCGUCUGAUGAUUACUAUGUAAGCAUGUACAAAGCAGCUGAGACCGUUUGUGUAACUGCAGCCCAUUUACUUUACAACAAGGUGUUCAAGGACUUCUAAGUCACCGGAGCUUUAGGGCAACUUGCCAAACAUGGUUUAGCCUUUUGCACCACUUGCUCGGAGCCCUUCCCAUAAGCUGUUGUAAACCUCAGGUUCUCCUUAUGCUUUCCAAUCAGCCCUUUCUUUUUGUCUCAAUACACAUAUAGGAUCUGUUAAGCAAAAUGCAUUUCACUGGGAUGGAGGGGAUACACGUAGAGCAACAGCUGCCAUGGAGUCGAUGCUGUAUGUUUUGUCUUUGAUCUUCUUACGAAAACGCAUGAACAGAAUGUGUAGAAUAUUUAGAUGAUAGGAUUCCAAUCUGAAUGCAGCCGCCGUCACUCGAUCAACCCGCAGACCGUAACCUGCCAUGAGAAUAAACGUUGCUGCCGGCCCUCAGAUAAGCUGAUAAGCGCGACAUUCAUGUGAACAUUUUGCCCUUCGCAGCAGCCAAUCGUAUUUACACUGUACUUUAAUACGGGACAAUUGUUUUUCAUUUUUAAUCCCUUUUUAAAUACACUAACUCCAGGAAUCUGAAUAAUAGUUUGUUUUUAUGUCCAAUGUUCUUUUCCCCUCAGGCAAGUAUAACUACUGCACAUAUACAAGCUGUUUAAGGUGAUACUUGUGUACAUUUGAUUUUAUGUUGAUUCUUAUGUCAUGGUAUAGAUGGUUGAAUCUUUUAUAUCAGCUUUUUGGUUGGUUGUGAACAGGUGUACCGACCUACUUUUUGACCUCGACAUCGUGCCGAUGUUGACUUCCUCCUUUAGCCCUCGUACUACGGCAGAGCAGUCUUUGAUUUUUAAUCAAUGUUUCCCCUCACUUGUUUGUUCACCAUACAAUACCUCCUCAAUGUGCAACAUAUAUGUGGAUUGUUUCCGUCGAGCUAAUCACCGUCUACGUUUUCAGGAAAGAGGUGCACUUUUGUCAUUACCUGUAUGCAGAUUCAACAGGUACUGUCUGUGUGUGUGUGUAGUCUUUCCCGUGUUAUUUAUGUGUGUGUAUGCUGUGAGUCCCAUGUGCACUACUACUGACCUCACAGCAUUAAAACCAAAUUGUUCUCAGAAUCAUCUCUGGUCGUGGCCUCCAGUGUUUAGUUAAGAUCACACCACUGAAAAAUGACUGUUUAUACAAAUCAUGCCAACCAGUUGCAGUACACUCCAUCCAACUGGAACCUGGAAAGAGAAUCUGACUUUUGAGAGAAGAAAUGUUGAAACUAAAUACUACUGAAAUGUCUCAAUGCUGUCUCACAAAUGCUUGACCAAUACUUUACUUUAAAAUCACUUGCUGACUACAUUGUAUUGUUCAAAGCUUGCUUGAAAGACUGGAGAGCUCUACUGUUUGAUAGGCGGUCGAUCAUAUUCGUACACUAAAGAGGUAUGUUUGUUAAAUUGUAUCUGCCUUACAAUGUUUAAAAUGCAUAGAGUAUUUAAGGUUGCAAUACCUUGCUCCACGUACCCCCCAUGGAAGAAUAGGAGGAUGUGAGUCAAAGACAUGAUUUAUUAUUCUCCCAGGUCUCUGUCUAGUUAUGGCAAAGAGACAACUGCGUCCAUGUAAAAAACCUUCAGGAUGUCAAUCAUGUAACUUCUGAGUAAUAAAUGCAAUUGUUUUCCUA